AUGCCUCCGAGACAGGACCCAACCAAUGCCCAGCUUGGUCAAGCAAUGGCUCAGCUGGCUCAGGUGAUGACCCAGCAGGCUGCCACUGCUGCUGCCCAAGCCGCGACACAGCUUCAGCGGGAAGCUGAAGAGAACACCAGGAGAGCUGAGGAAGAUGCCAGAAGGGCACAACGGGCUGAAAGGGAGCUGGCUCAGGACCAGAUCCGUAUGAGAACUGACUUCAACCGCCAUGGACCACCCAAGUUUCAAGUCGAGGUUGAACCCGAGAAAGCUGAUCAUUGGAUUCAGGAAAUGGAGAAAAUCUUUGAGGCUCUCCAUACAGCUGACGCUGAGAAGGUGAACUUGGCGACCUUCAUGCUGAAGGGUGACGCUGAGUACUGGUGGCGGAGCGCCAAACAGUUGAUGACUGCCAACAAUGUGGCCAUUACUUGGGAGUCUUUCAAAAGGGCUUUCAUGGAGAAGUACUUCCCGGAGAUUGCCAGGGAAGACAUGGAGAAUCAAUUCCUCAACCUGAGACAGGGGUUGAUGACCGUAGGGGAAUAUGCUGCAAGAUUGGAGACCCUGUCCAAACAUUUUCGCUUUUUCCAAGUGCAAGUGGAUGAAUCGUACCUAUGCAACCGAUUCAUGAGGGGUUUGAGGAAUGACAUUGAGGAGUCUGUGAGGCCAUUGGGAAUCAGAGUCUUCCAACAACUGGUGGAGAAAGCUCGUGAAGUGGAGUCGAUGAAGAAUCGUCAGAAGGGCAAGUAUGACAGCGGAGGUCCGAUCCGUUCUGGGCAGAGGCCGACCGGAAGGUUUGAGGGACAGAGGCAAGCUGGUAGGUUUGACAGGGGCAAGGCUCCGAUGAGGAAGCCUUACCAACGCCAUGCUGACAGGGUGCCUUUUGCUGGGAGGGGUGUGGCACGUGCUCCUAAGGACGAUGUCGUAUGUUACAAGUGCAACCAGAAGGGGCACUAUUCGAAUGAAUGUGGAAAGGAGAUUGUGUGCUGGAAGGGCCAGAAACCAGGGCACGUUGAGAGAAAUUGUCCUAAUGCUGCUAAGGCCGAGCCAGUACUGAAUGUUGCCAGGGGAAAGCGACCUUCUGCUCCAGGUCGUGUGUUUGCAAUGUCUGGGGAACAAGCUGCUAUGACUGAUGAUCUUAUCCAGGGUACGUGUAUUAUCGCUGGAACUUCUUUAAUGGUGUUAUUUGAUUCUGGUGCUACACACUCAUUCAUUGCUGAGGAGUGUGUGAAAAAGUUAGGAUUGCUAACUGCUGAUUUACCAUUCGAUUUGGUGGUGACGACCCCUACCGCCGAUCAAUUAGUUACGCGCACGGCAUGCUUGCAAUGUCCGUUGAUUUAUGAGAAUCGGAAGUUCCUUGCGAACCUCGUCUGUUUGGGGCUUAAAGAGCUCGAUGUGAUAAUGGGGAUGGACUAG